AAACGGGAUUAAGAGACGUUAUGUUAGUUAAGAGAGAGAGAGUCAGUUAGGGCUGCGUUUGGCAAUCCCUAAUUGAAAUUUGAACGGGGUGGCUUCACACUUCUCAAAUCCCUCUCUCUCUCGCUCUCUCGUCAAUGACAUGAAACUCAAUCUCUCUCUCUAUAUAUCGACAAAUAUAUAUGUAUGUAUAUAUUUUCUCUCUCAUCUCUCUAUAUUUGGGGCGGAGGAGUUGUUUUCAGUCCCCGCUGGAUCCAGGCAAGGAAACCACAUUAUCAUUCAUUCCGGCAUUUGGCACGGGUGUAUGCUUUGGCAUCUCGGUAUGGCUACUUAAUCCAUCUGCACUUUUUCUGUCUCGCGUGAGCAAACUUUGUGAAUUGCAACCACGAGUGACAACAUGUCUGGACCUCUUGAGCAACCUAUUAAGCCAGGUCUCGAAAAAUCUGACAUUGAAAACUUGGAGGAUGAGAGAAAGACAAGGAUUGGGUCUUUCAAGAAGAAGGCGAUUAAUGCCUCAACCAAGUUGAGGCAUUCUUUGAACAAAAAGGGUAGGAGAAAUAGUAGAGUUAUGUCUGUUUCAUUUGAAGAUGAGCAUGAUGCAGAGGAACUACAGGCAGUGGAUGCAUUUCGUCAAACUCUUAUCUUGGAAGAAUUUCUACCUGCAAAACACGAUGAUUAUCACAUGAUGCUAAGAUUUUUGAAGGCCAGGAAAUUUGAUAUCGAGAAAACAAAGCAAAUGUGGGCUGAUAUGCUCCAGUGGAGAAAAAAUUUCGGUGCUGACACAAUUGUGGAGGAUUUUGAGUUCAAGGAAAGAGAGAAGGUCCUUGAACACUAUCCACAGGGACAUCAUGGGAUUGAUAAGGAUGGACGACCUGUUUAUAUUGAAAGACUUGGCAAAGUUGAUCCAAAUAAGCUUCUGCAAGCCACAACAUUGGACCGCUACUUGAAAUACCAUGUGCAGGAGUUUGAGAGGACCUUCAAUGUCAAGUUCCCAGCCUGUUCAAUUGCAGCAAAAAAGAAUAUUGAUCAGAGCACAACUAUCCUGGAUGUUCAAGGAGUGGGACUGAAACAUUUCAGCAAAAUUGCGAGGGAGCUCAUUCAGAGCAUUCAAAAGAUUGAUAGUGACAAUUAUCCCGAGACCCUGUGCCGUAUGUACAUUAUUAAUGCAGGUUCUGGAUUUAGGCUCCUAUGGAACACCGUUAAAACAUUCCUGGAUCCCAAGACCACUGCAAAAAUUCAAGUUCUGGGCAACAAAUAUCAGAGCAAAUUGCUUGAAGUAAUUGAUGCCAGUGAGCUACCAGACUUUUUGGGUGGUACAUGUACUUGUGCAGACAAAGAUGGAUGCAUGCUUUCUGAUAAAGGCCCAUGGAAUGACCCUGAUAUAUUGAAGAUGGUUCACAAUGGUGAAGCCAAAUGCUCAACUAAAAUUUUGAUUCCAGCCAUUGAGAAGACAAUUUCUGAGGAUGAGAAUGCAAACUUAAAGAUUGUGAAGAAAUGUGUCUCUUUCAACUCGGAAGCGGUUUCAGAUGUGGAUGAUAUGCGAUCUCACCAUCCCAGGCUGCAAAGACAGUAUUCCGAACAUCCACAACUCUCUCCUGUUCGGGAAGAAGCUCCUACCUAUGAGUAUGAUGACUUUGUUCCAAUGGUUGACAAGGCUGUGGAUGCAACUUGGCCUAAAGCUGUACAAAGUGACAAAUUCACCUUUUCUAAAGGCACAGAUUGUUUCCCUCAGCAUAAUGCUUGCCAACCUCCUAAAGGAAUAAGCAAUCAAAUUUUCUCAGGGGUCCUGACCUUUGUAAUGGGCAUAGUCACUAUGGUUCGCUUGACUCGCAACAUGCCAAGAAAACUUACUAAUGACAUCCUCUAUUCUAAUUCCAUGAGGCCACCCCACCAGUUACCCGCAUCCACCAUCUCUGGUACUGAAUAUUUAUCAAUGAUGAAGCUCUUGGAUGAAUUGGAGGAGAAGGUAGUUGUUCUCUGCAGCAAACCGGCAGUUAUGCCACCUGAGAAGGAGGAACUGCUGAAUGCUGCUCUAAGUCGUGUUGAUGCCUUGGAGCAAGAGCUUUCGGCAACCAAGAAGGCUCUCGAGGAUGCCAUUGUUCGACAGGAGGAGAUUUUAGCCUACAUUGAGAAGAGGAAGAAGAGGAAAAGGAGGUUUUUCGGUUUCUAAUUGCAAACUAGUAACAAACAGAGGUUGCAGAACCUAUUCUGUAACAUAAUAGUAAUGUAAUUGUGAUAUAUUUAUUAUGUUGAAACUGGUUGCAAGAGUGAGAUUUUCAGCCCCACAAGUUGAUGUUUGUUGUGGAUCGGAUUUCUCUUUAGCGGAUCCAGAUUUUUCAGAUAGGAUUCUCGGAUAGGAAGUCUGAUCCAUUGAUAGGACUAUGAAGUUCUCAAAUCAAACUUCUUGCAUAUUUGAUAUUCUUUUUACAGCUGUGUGCAUAUUCUGAAUAAAAUUUGACAAGGCUGCGAGUUCUCUU